UUCCGGUUAUGUAGCAUAGGGGUUCUCGUAGCCAUUUGCACGGCCGCCGCGGUCAUUCCAUGGGACGCUGACGCUAAAUCGUUGGUUGUAUAUUCGAGAACGGAAAUCAAUUCUAUUGUGCUAUUUAUUUCUAACGACGUCUAAAUAUCAACUAUCUUCUCGUAACAGCCAUCAUUUUCUCGCAUAGUAAGUUUGGAUCUUAGGCAGCUCAGUGUGUGUUAGGUGCAAGAAAAGAUUCUUCAUCAGUGGACAUUAUUACAAUGACUUGGCGCAGUUAACUACUCCUUUUCUGCUUCUCCAUUUCAUUGUCCUUCGUUGAUGGGCCCUUUCCUGCUCGGUCAUCUUUGUUCUCAUCGACUUCUUAUCUUUCGUCGUACCUUUUAGCUGUGAGUGAAGAAAGAAGAAGUUUCUCAAGUUUCUAAAGUCGAAGAUACUUGAAAAAAAAAUAAAAGAUCUACCAAAAAUGAGUGUGAUAAUAAGACUACAGAAUCUAGCAUGGUCUGCCAACGCUUUGGACAUCCGCCAAUUUUUCAGAGGGCUCAGUAUACCGGAAGGUGGAGUACAUAUUGUCGGUGGCGAACUGGGAGACGCGUUUAUAGCGUUCAGCACGGACGAGGAUGCACGGCAGGCUAUGAUGCAAGAUGGGGGUAAGAUCAAGGAGAUGAAAAUAAAGCUGUUGCUAAGUUCGCGCACGGAAAUGCAGAAGGUUAUCGAAGCGGCGAGACAACAAACGUUGCACCUUCAAUCGUUUAUACAGACAGCGGCAGCGGCAGCACCACCGGUUGCAGUACCAACUCCAGUAGUUUCUGCUAAGCCUGCAUCACCGAACGAUAGAAGGGAAAAGGACAAUGACAGCGAAUCGAGUAAGGAUCGAAAGGAGAGACGCGAUAGAUCGAGAUCGAGAGAUAGGUCACGUUCGCGAGAUCGUGACAGGGAUCGGGAUAGACGUGACAGGGAUAGGAAUCGUGAUCGUAGACGUCGAGACAGAAGCAGAUCGAGAGACAGAGAACGCGAUCGUCGCGACAGACGUCGUCGUCGUGAUCGUUCAAGAUCUCGCGACCGUACCCGUUCUAGGGAUAGGGACGUUAAACGUAAUUCGACGGGAGAACGUCGUAAAGAUGCUACAGACGAUGAUAAUAAUGACGUGGUAUGCGUAGGACAAUUUCACAAAGAUAAUAAAUCCGCGUCUGGUGGCGUUGGCGGUGGUGGUGGUGGAGUUGGUUCGCUGAAGAAACCUCCUAUCGUUGAAAAUGGUAUAUGGGAAGUACCACCUCAGACCCAAAUGCAAGCAACCCUCUUAACACCGGGAAUUUUAGGAGCGGGCGUGGCCGCUUUGUCGCAAGAUGGCGAGCAACGAUCCAUGACCUUUGGUAAUUCCGUUCUAGGACAGCAAUCAUUGCUACAAUCGAAUCAGUUCUCCUUGAACGGUUUGAACGGUGUCGGAAAUCUUAUGCAGCCACAUGUUCAGACAUUAACCGGCCAUGCGGUCGGUAUGAAUUCACUUCCUCCAAACUUAGCUAACGCGUCUCUGCCAAGCCUCAACAGCGGUAUGGGUAAUUUAAAUCGUCCAAAAGAACCUUGGAGUCAAAACGAUCAGGGCAGAAUGGAUCAAGUCAGAUUUCCAGGUAGAGCGAACCAAUUUGGAUCACAGGAUGCUGCCGGCAUGUAUGGGGCCAAUAACGGUGCCAUUAAUUGUAGACCCGGUCUGAGACCAAAUAGCGUUUUUUUGAGCAAAGUACAGGAAUUAGAGGGUCGUCGUAAUCCACAUGCUUUCCAAGCUGUUGCCUCGGCUGCUGUUUCGCAAUAUGGUAACUUUGAAAAUGGUCCAGAUCGGCAAACGUCCGGACGAAAUUCCAACAGUUCCUCGAGAUUUUCUAAUGAUAAUAAAUCUAGCUCUAGCGGUUAUUGUGUAGAAGUACGUAAUAUGCCAUUGAAUGCUACGUACACGGACGUAAGACAUGCAUUUCAAGGUAUCUUUAUCAGAAAAGAUGGUUUAAAAUUGAUCAAUGAUAAUCAUGGUAAUCGAGUCGGUAUUGCAUAUAUCAAGUUUAGCAAAGCGGAAGGUAAGGAAGUUGCUUUAUCAAUCCCAAGAUACGUUCGCGGUUCCGAAGUUGAAGUUCUUCAUUUGGACGAGAGCAUUUUCGAUAAAGCUGCAGAUUCUUAUGCACCGGAUAAAGAAGACGAAGCUGACGUCAGGACGUCUACUUGCAUUCUUUUGACGGAUCUACCGUCGUUCACCAAAGAAAUGGACAUAGCCAAAUUGUUCCACGACUGGAAGAUAAAUGACCUUUUUAUUACGAAUAUCAAGGAAUCCGGGAGUACGCAUUACGUGGCAUAUGUGCAAUUUGCUAGAUUAGAAGACGCUAAAUCGUCUCUCGGUACUUCUUUGAAGAUUGGUAACAAACAGGUAACUGCGACAGCCAUUUCCGAAGAUAAGUUUGCACAAGCAAAACGGGAACAUGAAAACGGAAUGAGCCAAAAUACUACCUCGGAUUGUAUAAUCAUGCGUGGUUUGUCAUUCCAAACGUUGGACCGAGACGUUCACGAUUACUUUUCCGAUAUUGGAAUCGUACCACGACGAACCCAUAUGAUAUUGAAUCAGAACGGUAAACCCACUGGCGAUUGUUUCUGCGAAUUCGAAACUACCGACGAAGCACUUAGGGCUACGGCGAAGAAUGGUGUGCCUUUUGGUAAGAACAUACCAACGAUCGAGCUCAUACCACGAGUUCACAUGUUAGAGACUCUUGAAAUGACCGAUCCCCAAUUGAUAGAGGCCCAGCAGCAGCAACAACAACAACAGCAUUAUCCACCACCGCAGGAUGCACGGCCAAGAUUUGCAGGACCCAUGCAAAAUCACAUGCCGCGUUUUGGUAAUUCGGCAUUUGGUCCCAGGUGUCCACCAGGUCUGAUGGGUAUACCGAGACAUAUGUUAGGUCGUCAUCCUGGUUCUAUGGACUACGUCGAGGGUUUCGGGAAACCUGGUUGCGUUCUUUCUUUAGAGAAUGUGCCAUUCAAGGCAGACAUUAACGAAAUAAUUGACUUUUUCGGUGAUUUCGACGUUAAACGGGAAAACGUUAUAAGACGUUACAAUGAAAGAGGUAUGCCUACGGGUGACGCCCGCGUAGCAUUUUCUUCACCUAGCGAAGCCCAACGAGCAUUGAGAGAAUUGAAGCAUUGCAAGAUGAGGGAUCGGACCAUAUACAUGAAAUUAGCGUGAGUGGAUGUUUCUGGUCGUGGGAACGACUCCAAGAAAUCGACUUUGCAAAGGAAAAUGAAAUAAUUUAUUAUUGGAAAAAUUAUCUCCAUUUCCUUUAUCAUUCGGCUCGGGGUUCGGCUCGGCGCUUGGUUAUAUUCUCUUUGUCACCCUUCGAUCAUUGCCGUUGAGAAAAAUAAAAUAAAUUUUUCCUUGCUCGUAAGCGGCACGAGCUUUUUUUAGGUAGAAAUAUUUUUUACGAAAAUAAUUAUGAUAAUAAUAUUAAUAAUAAUAAUAAUAAUAAUAAUAAUAAUAAUAAUAAUAAUAAUAUAAAUAUAAUAUAAUAUAAAUAUAUCAUCCGCGGUCGUAUUUUUCAUGGGUACACGAAACGAAGAUGGAACUGAGGAAAAAAACGCGUUUAUCCCUACAUUAUGCGUUUUGCCUGUUUGUAAAUAUGACGAAAGAGUUGAAAAAACAUUUUUUAAAUAAUAUCGUUUCAUCCUUGUUCGAUUCCAACGACCGAUGGUCGAUCUCUACGAUGACGUUGUUCCUCGUUAUAUGAAUUCCCAUUGAAAUAUGUUCGCUUAUAUAGAUAUAUAUAUAUAUAUAUAUAUAUAUAAUAGAUCAAAAAGAUAUCAUUGUGUUAUUUUCCAACGAGCUAGCUUAACUGUCCACGUUGUUAAUCCUUACGAAUGGUGAGAUCAUAGAGAAAUAGUGAGAGAAGGGGGAGGGAAUAAAUCUUAGGAAAAAUAUAAACGAUCAUUUCUACGUUGGUGGCACUAGCUCUUUUUAUUUCGUUUUAACUCAUUUAACUAAACUACGAUCAUAGUAUAUCUCUGCGUUCGUGUAAGCGUAUGCGUAUGCGUGUGCAUAAUUUGAACAAUUUAGAAAGUACGACGUUCAUUUGAAAUAUGCGUCAACGUGGCAUCUCGAGAUCCAUAUUUGUUAUAAAAUAUCAUUUCGUUUUGCAAAAUAAUCACGAUCAACGACAUCAUCCAAUUCCUUCCUCUAAUGAAGGUUACAAAGUAAUAUAAUAUACAUAUAUUACAAAAUAUGUCUUUUAAUUAACGGAAUUAUAAAUAAUCACCGACAUA